GGAAGAUGAGCCAGAUCUGCCUCCCAUCAGUCUUCAUUGAAUGCGAUCUUUAAUGUAGCCACACUGACACUUGUUGCGGUUUCAUGUGUUCGUGUUGCUUUGUGCUGCUGUGUACAGAUUUCACGGCAGAUGAAGAAGCUACGACUGGUGACACAUUGAACCUGGGCGGUGCUGUUAAUUUGCAGUGAAGGUCAGUGGGGAAUAAGGAAGGACACUGUAAACCGAGAUAGCAGAGGGAGCGAACCAGCAGUGUGACACCUCUUCCCUGGGCGGAAGGAAUCUACACAUUCCAUCUGCUGUGAGCUGAUAGAUCAGAAGGACUGACAGACAUGGGAAAGCAGAACAGCAAGCUCCGUCCCGAGGUGAUGCAGGACCUGCUUGAGAGCACCGACUUCACCGAGCAUGAGAUCCAGGAGUGGUACAAGGGGUUCCUAAGGGACUGCCCCAGUGGGAACUUGUCCAUGGAGGAGUUCAAGAAGAUCUAUGGUAACUUCUUCCCCUAUGGAGACGCUUCAAAGUUCGCCGAGCAUGUGUUUCGCACAUUUGAUGCUAACGGUGAUGGGACAAUAGACUUCCGGGAGUUUAUCAUUGCACUAAGUGUGACAUCGCGCGGCAAGCUGGAGCAGAAGCUGAAAUGGGCAUUCAGUAUGUAUGACCUGGACGGGAACGGGUACAUCAGUAAAGCUGAGAUGCUGGAGAUAGUACAGGCAAUCUAUAAGAUGGUUUCCUCAGUGAUGAAGAUGCCUGAGGAUGAGUCUACACCUGAGAAGAGGACAGAGAAGAUCUUCAGGCAGAUGGACACCAACAGGGAUGGUAAACUGUCUUUGGAGGAGUUCAUCAAAGGAGCUAAGAGCGACCCCUCUAUCGUCCGCCUGUUGCAGUGUGACCCUAGCAGUGCAGGACAGUUCUAAACGUGAGGCACGGACAUAACCUGUAGGUUUCACAGUGACUCGAAAUGUCCUUAACUCUCCACCAUGGAGCAGACUGAUGAUGAAGGAAGAUGAGCUGAUGGUGAUGAUGAUGAUGAUGCAGAGAGGCCAUCAAUUUGCACUGAGGACUUCAAAGACAGAAACAGGAGCCACAUCCUCAAGUUUUUUCAUCUAAAGAUCUUUUUUUCUAAAACUUCCAAACUCCAACAAAGAACCUGAAGACUUCCCCACACCCUUAUCAGGUUGUCUAAACCCGUUGAUUGUAUUUGACCAGGAAUCCUCAGUUGUCCUUUAGGCAUGUCAGAGUGUGAAGAAGGUCUACAGUAGGUUGUAUAUAUACAGUGUAAACUGGAGCAUAUGUAUCAGUGACUUUGCUUUGCUCUCUGUGCCCCUUGAGCUUCCAGCCAGAGUGACACAGAGCCUCCAUCACUCAAACAUGUAUCAUAGAUGGAUUGUGUGCAUAUGACAACAGAAGAGAGAUGAUGGUGUUGAACAACAGCACCUAACGUAGGUGAGAUGAUUGAAUCCACAGAGGGGACGAUUUGUCCUUCACCCAGAAUGAGUACUGCUUUUAGUUUCCUCUUUUUUACCGUGAGAAUGUGUAUGCUUGUUUGAGUAUUUUUGCAAACUUGAUAGAUUUUGUUUCAUAUUUUGUUGUGAGACAGUUAGAAUUUGACAAUUAUAGAGCUACAGUCGCACUGUGCUCUAUCUUCAGGCAAAUAGAAAACUAGUUAUUAAAGUAUUAGUAAAGAGUAGUGUAGAUAUAGUGUAGCUACAUUUGUAAAGCAAAUUUACAUAGUCCAGAAUGCUUGUUCAUAACAAAUGUUGUGAAAUGAUAAUUUGAAAAAAUCGAUCUCUGUAUUUAAGCUGUUGCAGGAUAUCAAGCAUGCAAACCAUUAUUCAUUAUCUUUAUUUUCGAUAUGUACUAUGUGAAGAACAGACACACAUUUCUUCACAGUCACGUUCAGGUGCCUGUAAAUGCUGCAUGUUGAAUCAGUGGUUGGAACAGUUGGGUACAGCAGUGCAUAGACUCAAUAACAUAUGCAUGUGGCUUGUGCGCAUGCGUGUGUUUCUAAUGUGUGUUUAUGGUAAUUGGCGACCAUUCGUUCACCCAGAUCUGUAGUCACUUCUGUAUGUUGGUAUUGUCAUCAUUAGUACGACCAGUAGUCAGUGUUGUUGGUGAAUGGACUGCCAAAGAUGACACAUCUGAAGGUUCAUAACUUUAUGGAAGGAAGCAAAGAGGACAAAGGCCAUGCACACCAGACUACACUCUGUUCAGCAGAGAUGCUGGUUAUUCAGCAAAAUUAUAUGUUUUGUGCUGCAGGGAGCUCAGUAAUUAUCUGUAAAAUUGCCCAAUUCUAAGCAUAUAUUAUCAACUAAAUGGCAUCUACACAAUUUGUAGUAUUACAUCAAAUUAAUGGUAACUUAAGUGCUGGUGUCCCACUUAACAAAACACUUACAACAACUCAUUGAUUUUAGGUAUUCUCACUUCCUCACGCCGUCCUUCUUAGCUCAGCUGCAACUAGAAACAUAUAAAAAGAGGAGCAAGCUCCCUUACUCCCCCCCUCAGAUACUUUUUGGAAUUUCAGCCAGGAGCAGGGGACGUACCUGAGCAAAGUUGUUUCAGUUUUUACAUUGGUUCCCGAUUAGAAAAGCUUUGAAUGUUUUAUUCAAUAACUGCUGUUUUUUGUAAAGAAUAAAAAAGAUGCAGAUAAACACACGGAGAUCACAACUACUGCAAUGACACUGUCACAAUGUGUUGCUUUUACUGUAUUUUUAUGAUUUUCUUCCUUUGUAAGCAGUGUCAGGAAAAGCUUUUCCACUUAAAAACACAAAAUAGCAUCUUGUGCCAAAUAAAAACAAAAAUCAGUAUUGUAUAAAUAUAUACUGUACAAAUGUUAUCUGUUGAACAAAAUGUUUGUAAUUGUCACAUUUUUUAGGUUUUGUAUGGUAUUCAGUAUUUAGUGACUGCAGUUUUUUGAUAAGGAUUCUGUUUUUUGUCAACUUUAAAAGGCUAGAAUUAAAUUUACAAAUGAUUGUGUGCAACUAUUCAAAUGAUGUUUGUUUAGUUGUGCAAUUGUGGUUUUCAUUUCCAACAUGAUAAAUAAAUCAUGGCCAGUGUUAUUAUUCAGAUAUCGUACCUA